UCUACAGUCACUAUUUGUUUGAAUCUUUGAGUAAAGUUGUGACUCAUCUUUAUAAAGAUUGUGAUUAAAUUACUUUAAAAGCUUUACAUUAAAGUCACAAUUAGUGAAAGGCCUUUGCCUGUUCUUUUUAUUUAUAAAUUUUCGAAAAAGCCGUCAAGCUGGGGAACGAAAUGUCAUCGUCUGCUAUGGAAAAGCACCUAUUUAAUUUAAAAUUUGCUGUAAAAGAACUAGAACGAAAUUCAAAGAAAUGCGAAAAAGAAGAGAAGUUAGAAAAGGACAAGGCAAAGAAAGCCAUACAAAAGGGUAAUAUGGAAGUUGCUAGAAUACAUGCCGAAAAUGCUAUAAGACAAAAGAAUCAAGCUAUUAAUUACCUCAGAAUGUCUGCAAGGGUUGAUGCUGUGUCUAGUAGAGUGCAGACCGCUCUUACUACAAGGAAGGUAACAAAUUCAAUGGCGGGAGUUGUGAAAGCAAUGGAUGCUGCAAUGAAAUCAAUGAAUCUUGAGAAGAUAUCCACUCUGAUGGACAAAUUUGAGAGUCAGUUUGAGGAUCUGGAUGUUCAGUCAUCAUACAUGGAGAAUGCAAUGUCACAAACGACUACAACAACAGUACCUCAGGGCGACGUUGAAAAGCUGUUACAGCAAGUCGCUGACGAGGCUGGCUUGGAGUUGAACAUGGAACUGCCAUCCGGGGUCCCCAGCACGUCGGUCGGUACAGCCACAGUAGUUUCUCAAGAACAGGACGAACUUACUCAAAGACUGGCUAGGCUUAGACAAGCUGAAUAAUACUAUUACGGAUAUAAGAUUUAAGUUGAUUGCUAUAUAAGGAUAUUUGUUUAUUGUUGAGUCCAGUAACAUACUGUUAAGAAAAUAUGUUCUAUGAUUAUUUGUCGUGAUGAUAUUUAAGAGGCAAAUAUUUUAAUAAAAUUGUAUUUUGUUUAUUCAUUAAGAUUAUUCAGUUUAGUACCAACUUUUCCUAAGUUGAUGUUAUAACAUUCUAUUAUAAAAUACAACCAUAUCUGAAGACAGGCAGUUUGAAUUCAGCUGCAAAUACAUUAACAUAUUAUGUAAAGGUACCAUAUAUAUAUUACGUCAUUUGAAAAUGGGUUGGCUUUCGAAAUUGACGUCAGUUUUUGUGAUACCAGUUACUCCAAAAGCUACAACAGUCUAUUGUGUACAACUAGAGUGGAAAUUGCCUAAUUUCACUUCAUUUGCACAUUUUAUUUUUUAUUACAGAUUUUUAAUUUAAUUUUCUUCAGUAAAAAUUCUCCUUCUAUUAUUACUUCUAUACCAUUACGCGAGUCUAUUGAAUGUACUAACAAGCCUCUGUAAUAUCAUCAAUCGUUAUGUAAAUAUAAUAACAGCGUACACUCAUGUGUUAUGGUCAAGGUAUAUAAAUAUGAGAUAUUUAAUCAAAUUCACACUUUAUAAUUUUUGUAAUAUUAUAUUAUGUAUGAUAAAAUGAUUAAGAUUUUU